AUAGUUUAGGUAAAUAAAGGUCUCAGUCACAUUUGAGUAAAAUAAUCUUGUUUCUAUAAAUGUCAUAGGAACCUUUUUUUACAGAUAUUUUAUUUUCACGGACCCCUUGCAAUUACACCACGGACCACUAGGGGUCCGCGGACCCCCGGUUGAGAAACACUGCUCUACACCAUGCACUCUACUUGCCACCCAAGAUAACUGCCUCUCCCGAGAGGGAGCGAGACGGGGUGGGGUGUUUCUACCCGCCCGGCGUGCCGUUCUGCAGAGGCCUGGAGGUCCUCCACCUUCCUUCCCCCGACUCCACUUCCGCCCGUUUGGUGCCUUCGCUUUACCUCGUGUGAUCACGUUGAGCCGAGCCGAGCGGAAAACCUUUAGCUGACCCCUGGCGGCGGUCGUGUGUAAUUACAGCCGUGGGCUGCGCACACCACAAGGACCAUAGUGCAUUGCGGCGACCUUUAAGUUGUGGAGCCCUACGCACUUGCUGCGUGCCGCUGUAUAGUCGUCUGCCCGCCCGCGCCGGGACGAGCCGCCAUGGAGCGGAAGCUCGGGGGGGAGCUCUAACCACAGAGGACGCUACGCGAACGCGCCGCGGCGCCCUGACGCCUCGCUGGCCCGUAUGAGUCCACCAGCAGGAUGUCGCUGAGUUCCGGCGGCUGGACUCACCCCCCCCCUCCGGCGGACCCGUCCGCCUGCGUCGCCGGCUACGGAGCCUCGCGGCCGCCGCUCGGCCGCCACACCGUCCUCAUGUCGGUCCGGGUGUCGGUUUGCCACUCCGGCAUCAGACCUCUCUGUCUCCCCGGGGCGGGGGACGAGUCACUCCGCCUGCUGCUCAGCAUGGACCCGGGGAAGUCCGGGGAAUUCCGCCUGUCGCUCCGGGACAGCGGCGGAGCUGCCCCCAGUCUCUCCAUCGCCGAGUUUGACUUGAGGGCCAUAAACUACGAGGUUAAGUCACCCAAAUGCCAUGAGCUGAGCCUGGUGGCGCCUCCGCACGACCGCAUCAGCUUCAACUUCCGCUGCGAACAGGAAGCCCGGGAGUGGGCUACCGUGGUGACGUCAUCGCUGAGAGAAGCACACAGGGUGGCAGAUGCCCUCCCAGCUGAUAACACUCAGAUGACCUUGGACACGUUGGAGUCUGGGAACUCUGUAGUCUUUCAACAGACAGAAGAAGCGUGUGCUGAGCUGACUAGAGCCAUAGAAGCAGGCGACUUGCAGGCUGCCUCUGUCGUUGCUGCUACUCUGGCCCGUCAGCACGCCGCACUCAAGAUCCAGCCCUCUGACAGGAACUACGACGACACUGAGAUAAACUUGGCAGUUGUGGUGGAAGAUUUCUCCUCUUCUUGUUGCAUCACUGUGAAAGUCUCCCCCCAUAUGACCACUGCAGCACUGAAACAACAGAUGUUUCUGGAGUAUGGCUUUCACCCGCGCGUGCAGCGCUGGGUGAUUGGCCAGUGCCUGUGUGCCGACCAGCGUUCUCUGGCAUCAUAUGGAGUCCGUCAGGAUGGCGACACCGCCUUCCUGUACCUCCUGUCAGCCCGCCACGCCCGCCUGUCCCACCAGCUCUUCCAGCAAGACCAAGAGAGCACCCUCCUGCUGAGCCACUGUCCCUCCAGUCUCCAACCUCCUGCACUCCAUCCUCCUUCCAUGAAUGGCCCCUCGUCUCAGGAGUGGAAGCCUUACAGCACCCUGCCACCCGGAGUCAAUACCAGCAGCAGCGCUGGCCCAAGUGCCUCGGGCAGGGCAGAGAGGGGGAACAUUGGUGAAAUCCGAGACCUUAUCAACCUGGAGAUGCCUCAACUCAACAAAGCACUGAGUCCUAACAAAGCUACCAGCCAGGGUUGGUCGUGCCCCUCCUGCACUUACAUCAACAAGCCGACGCGACCGGGCUGUGAGAUCUGCAGCACAGAUCGCCCUGCGAGCUACGCCGUCCCUGGGGGAUAUCGGCCCGACGCUCUGGAAUUGAGACGCAUCCAGCAAGAGAAAGAAGCCAUCAAACAGUACCAGCAGGCAAAGGAGGAGGAGCGCAGGGAGAACUUUGCCCGGCUGGUGAUGGUGGACUGCCAAGACCUGGUGCCUAACCCAGAGGCUGUGGACUGUAGGAUCUGCUACCUGGACCUACCACCUGGGGAGGGUGUCCUACUCAGAGAGUGUCUUCACUGCUUCUGUAGAGAUUGCUUGCGCUCUGUAAUCAUGCUGAGUGAGGAGCCGGAGGUGGCCUGUCCCUACAGAGAUGACACGUAUGCCUGUACCUGUACCCUGCAAGAGAGAGAGAUCAGAGCUCUGGUGUCAGGAGAGGAGUAUGAGCGCUGGCUGCAGAAAGGUCUGUCAGUGGCAGAGUCUCGCUGUGAGGGCAGCUACCACUGUGCCAGUCCAGACUGUCCAGGCUGGUGUGUGUACGAGGAUACUGUCAAUGUUUUCCACUGCCCCGUCUGCAGAAAGCACAACUGCCUGCUCUGCAAGGCCAUCCAUGAGGGAAUGAACUGUAAACAGUACCAGGAUGAUCUUGCAGCUCGUGCUGUAAACGACUCUGCUGCCAGGAGGACAAGGGACCUGCUCAAGACUUUGGUGCGGUCAGGGGAGGCGAUGCACUGUCCACAAUGUGGCAUCAUUGUGCAGAAGAAGGAGGGAUGUGAUUGGCUGCGCUGCACUGUCUGUCACACUGAAAUCUGCUGGGUGACCAGAGGGCCACGUUGGGGGCCAGGGGGCCCUGGAGACACGAGCGGGGGCUGUCGCUGCAACGUCAACAAGCAGAAAUGCCACCCCAAGUGUCAAAACUGCCACUGAAAAGCUCAGGACUGGACAGGUUGUGGGUGGGAAUGGAUGACUUAACUUUGUUAACUGGAAUAAAAGCAAAUGUGGAGUACAGACAAUAUUAUUUAAGCCAAAGUCGAGUAUGCGGGACUAUUCUGUACAUUGAAAGUAUGUGCUUCAUACUAAAACCAAAACUUGCCCAAGGUGACGACAUUCUCCAGUUUCAAGCAUUAGUUGAUGGCAUUAUAGCUUCCUUGUCACCAGUUGUAUUCAGAGUAACAUGAGUAAUUUAUUAAUAUAGAGUUCCCUUUUGACAAACAGAGACACAGGCUUUGAGAGUUUCACAAUCCAGAUGUUAGCAUCAUCGAAUGCUACACAUCUGCAGCAACGAUGGGGUGUCUCCACAAUGUGUUGAGAAGGAAGCAGAGGGUAUAAUGACUUUCAUGGUGUGUUGUGCCUUUAAAAGUGAUUGCACUGCAAAUUUAGCAAUACGAGUUUUGUGUUUUAUCAUGUUAAUUAUCUGGAAGCAUUAAACUUGCGUGGCUCCACCUGUUUAGUGCAGCAAAGGUAACACGUUUCAAGGGAAAAGUGAACAAGCCUCAAGUAUUUAAUGUGCAAUUUUUCUGCAUAGAGACUGAAAAUGACGUCUUGUAGAGGAGGUGUGUGUGUGUGUAACAUGCACGCGUGUGUGUUCUUGUGCUUCUUUCUGUGGGAGAACCAAUUAGGCAUCAGAGUGAGGACAUUUUGGCCGGUCUUCACAAGGGACCUUAAGGGUCUGUUUUGGAGUUAGGACUUAAAGUUACAGUUAGGAUCAGGUUACAGUUAGGGUAAGGGUUAUGCAUGUAGUUCUGAUGGUUGGGGUUAAGGGCUAGGGAAGGAACAGAGUCAACGAGGGGUCCUCACAAAGAUGAAAGUGUGUGUGUGUGUUAGUGUUAGUGUUAGUGUGGGUGUGGGUGUGUGUGUGAGCGAGCGAGCGGUAAUGUCCAUGACAGGCCAUUUUAUCUUUCAUUCAUUUUAAGGCAGUAGUCAAUCAAAAUUAGACACUAGUACUUAUUUCUUAAAUAUUAGUUGCUAUUCUGUCACCAGUCGCUAUUAUAAAGUCACUGUUUGCUAAACAUUAGGUACUGGCUCUGUUAGAAUAAACACUAGCUGCUAAUUGGAUUAUGAAUAGUAACAUUUCUCUUUUACUGGUAACAAUUCAGUAAACAUCCAUCCAUCCAUUAUCCAAGCCGCUUAUCGCGGGAUGCUGGAGCCUGUCCCAGCAGUCACUGGGCGGCCGGUGGAGACACCCUGGACACGCUGCCAGGCCAUCGCAGGGCCGACACACACACACACACACACACACACACACACACACACACACACACACACACACCUAGAGACAACUUAG